CUUCUCAGUUCUUGUCACAUUUUGACGUCAUCGGUGAUCUCUUACAGACCAGGCAACACGCUAAAACAGAUUGCGUGAGUUACUAGUGGCCCGGAUGCAUAGCCAACGUAAACUAGUAACCGAGGCGAAGAAUUUUGAGGUGAGUCCUCCUAAUUUCUUGUAAAUCAUGUCUGCUGAUCUUGUUAAACACACCGGAGGAUGUCACUGUGGAAGAGUUCGCUUCGAGAUCUUAGCUAAACCCGUGCUGAAGGCUUACGAUUGCAACUGUACCAUUUGUGUGAAAAAAGGGAUGCUUCUCGUCUGUCUCCCAAAGGAAUAUUUCAAACUAACGCAGGGAGGAGAGCAUAUAUCCUGUUACACUUUCAACACCCACCAAGCUAAGCACUACUUUUGCUCCUCUUGUGGCAUCCACCCAUUCUACCAACCUCGCACUAAUCCUGAGGCACGUGGCAUUUCACUGCAGUGUUUGGAUGAAGAAGAAACUAAAAAGAAAGCAGAAGUUGUUCCAUGUGAUGCUACAAACUGGGAGAAGUGGGAACAGUACCUUAAUGAACAUCCAAAAGCCCGAAAUCUCACUGAAAAUGUGGAGUAGUAUUCAAUU